AAAAAGUUGUGGCCAAAUCAAUUAGCUGCGUUACAUUUUCUUCAUUUCGCGUUGCUUAUCAUGUAUAUGUUGUUUGUGUUGGAGUAAAGUGAAUAGUAUUGCUGUCCCCCACAUCUUUCAAUGAAUCCCGCUGAGCUUGAAUUCCUUUCAGAAGAGGAGGGUUUAACUAUUGUACCUAGGUUUAAACUAGAUAUUGUUAAGUUGCUCAACACUACUAUUGGUCCUUUCUUCCCAAAUGUACCAACUACUGUCCCACUUUGGGUUGCUCUUCAUUUACGAGGACAACAAAAAUGUCGUAUUAUACCUCCAGCUUGGUUAACUUUGGAGAAGUUGAACGAAUGGAAAGAGUCUGAAGAGAAUGAUUCUGGAUGUACAUCUCCACCACAUCCUCAAUAUAUUGAAAUUAGUACCCUUCUCUUACAACAUGCACCUGAAGACAUACCAAAUCCUGAAAGUAUACGUAAUACUGUUCGUGAUGUAUGGGAUUUACGUGUCGGAAAGCUGCUAUCAUCUCUGAAUGGCUUUCUGUCUAGUGGAUCAUCAACAGCACGUGUUAGCCAGUUAACUAACAUGGAAUUGUCCACCAUACAUAAUCUAUUAACUAAUUCAAUGGAUCAAUUAUCUUUAUUACGUCAGGCUACUUCACAGACAGUUGAAUACGCUGGCGGUGGAUCAGUUAAUCGAACAUCAUUUUUAAAUUCAUCUUCAAUGGGAAACUGAAAUAAUAAUGAAAAUUAUUUUCUACUUGUUUUUAUGCAUUUGUUACAUUCAAAUUUUUAUAUGUUUGAAAUGUUUUAGUAUGCAUUUUGUGGAUGUUUUGUGUGUCUGACCCCCCGAGUUUGAUGUUUAUGUUGGAAUAAUGUACAUAGAUUCUAUUUUUCUUUUUUGUUCAAUAGAAAUAUUAUCAUUUUUUGAAGAGGAAAAUAAUCAUCCCUUCACUUCAAAUGUACAGUUAUUUUUUUUAUAAAAAAGAAAGUUAAAUUUACGUGUAUUAAUAAUAAUUUUUUAUGAUGAAAUAUGAAAUCGUACACAGGUGUAUCAAAUCUAGCA